UGGCGCUUUCCCCAUAAAGGCAUGGAGCCCCGGCUCUGGUUUCUGAUGUGGAAGUGGGGGACGCUUCAGGUUGCUAACUCGCCCGCUCAGCUGCAGCGUCGGAAUGGGGUUCCAGUCCAGCUCUCUCGUGCUUCUCUCUGCGCUAUGAUGGCGCUCCUUUGCGUAGCCCCCGUGCAGGGCAACGGGGCCCUGGCCCACAAGAAGGUCGAGAGGGGGUUCCCCAAAGACUGCAGCAACAUUCCCAGGGACAGCCCCAGCGGGGUCCAUGUCAUCCAGCCAGCAGGCUCUCCCCCUCGAGUGGUGUGGUGUGACAUGGACACUGAAGGCAAAGGCUGGACCGUUGUCCAAAGAAAUUCUUACAAAAACAGAGAUCACCUGGAAGGAGUCCUGGAGCACCUACAAGUACGGCUUUGGGAAAGUGCAGCAGGAUUACUGGCUGGGCAACGAGUACCUGUCCCUGCUCACGCGGCAGAACACCUACAAGGUCCGCUUUGUGGUGGAGGACAAAUCCAACAACACCCGCUACGCAGAGUACGACAUCUUCAGUGUCGAGGAUGAGCCCAGCGGGUACCCGCUGAGGCUGGGCAGGUACUCUGGGGACGGCGAGGACUAUCUCACCACCUACCACGCCGCUGAGAAGGGGAGACAAGAUUAGAUCAGACACGGAGCGCCAUCCCCCACCUAAUCAGUGCAGUCCCUGCAAUGCCUCCACUCUGCUCACUCCCUUCCUGUUGGCUUCUGCAUGGUAAAUCCCCUGGAAUAAACGCUGAGAGCUGACCCCGCCGGUGCGUUCGAAUGACACGAAGAGUGUGAUUGGUGUGUAUAACUGGACCCCCGCUUCCACUCUGCCUCGCUGGAAGCCAUGUCACUCACUACGACUUUAGACCCACAUUAACCUCUGCUUCUCCCAGCCCUGCCACUGCCCCUUGGCAUUAGUGAUCAAUGAAUCAUGACACUGGAUUUCUAGCAACUGUCAUUGAGCAUUUAAAUGGGGGAUGACUCAAAGCCAGGACUUUACAUCUGAAUCCUGCAUGUAUUAGCAGUGGUGAGUUUGGGUUCAAAAACCUGCCCUCUGUGUUUUUAAUAAAUAUGGUUAUUACAUGAGAAAA